CGUCAUCUAUUCCUUUGGUGGGCAAGGUGUGUUCACGUGAGGUUGUGUGUUCCCUCGAAAAUAGGUCACACAAUCCUCAGAAUUUCGUGAAAUAUUCUUGUAAAAUAAAAAAAAAAAAACAAAAAAAAUCAUAAAACCCAAAAAAAUAGAAAAAUACUAAAAAUUAACGGGAAUCACUUGAUUUUAAGUUAGUGUACGUAAGCGUGCAACGUGGUCUGAGGAAUGCGAUAGUCAUUAUAAAGAGAAAGUGAAGUUGGUCUUUGCCUACGUAUAAGUUAAUGUCUACGUAAACCGCCGCAGUGAAAAUCUAAAAAUGAAUCCUGGACCUCCCAAUUACCCAAUGGCAUCUUUGUAUGUCGGGGAUUUACACUCUGAUAUCACUGAAGCCAUGUUGUUUGAAAAAUUUUCGACCGCUGGUCCGGUUCUUUCUAUCCGCGUUUGUCGCGAUAUGAUAACUCGUCGAUCCCUGGGCUACGCUUAUGUAAAUUUUCAGCAGCCCGCUGAUGCUGAAAGAGCUUUGGACACUAUGAAUUUUGAUAUUCUAAAAGGAAGACCUAUUAGAAUCAUGUGGUCCCAACGAGAUCCUUCUCUACGCAAAUCCGGCGUGGGGAAUGUUUUUAUUAAAAAUCUUGACAAAACUAUUGACAACAAAGCUAUGUAUGACACUUUUACUGCAUUUGGAAAUAUUCUAAGCUGCAAAGUUGCUCAAGACGAAACUGGUGCCUCCAAAGGAUAUGGAUUUGUUCAUUUUGAAACUGAAGAAGCCGCCAACAAAUCAAUUGAAAAAGUCAAUGGAAUGCUACUCAACGGAAAAAAGGUUUAUGUUGGUAGGUUUAUUCCACGCAAAGAACGCGAAAAGGAACUUGGUGAAAAGGCCAAGUUGUUUACAAAUGUUUAUGUCAAAAACUUUGGCGAAGAUUUCAGUGAUGAAAUGUUGAAAGACAUGUUUGAAAAGUAUGGCCGCAUAACGAGCCACAAAGUUAUGUAUAAGGAUGAUGGCUCUUCUCGCGGAUUUGGUUUUGUAGCUUUUGAAGAUCCUGAUGCUGCAGAACGAGCAUGUAUGGAAUUAAAUGGAAAAGAACUUGUAGAGGGUAAACCGUUGUAUGUAGGACGUGCUCAAAAGAAAGCUGAACGUCAAAAAGAGCUCAAGCGUAAAUUCGAGCAACUGAAAUCUGAAAGAUUGACUCGUUAUCAAGGUGUUAACUUAUAUGUCAAAAACUUGGAUGACACCAUUGAUGAUGAACGUCUUCGUAAGGAAUUUGCACCUUUCGGAACUAUAACAUCUGCAAAGGUCAUGUUAGAAGAUGGUCGCAGCAAAGGAUUUGGUUUCGUUUGCUUCUCAUCUCCUGAAGAAGCUACAAAAGCUGUGACAGAAAUGAACGGCCGCAUUGUUGGAACAAAACCUUUGUAUGUAGCAUUGGCUCAACGUAAGGAAGACCGUAAAGCUCAUUUGACUUCUCAAUACAUGCAAAGAAUGGCUAGCAUGCGAAUGCAGCAAAUGGGUCAAAUAUUCCAACCAGGAGGUGCUGGUGGCUACUUUGUACCAACCAUUCCGCCUGCUCAAAGAUUCUAUGGUCCUGCUCAAAUGACUCAAAUAAGACCUUCGCCUCGAUGGACUGCGCAGCCACCUGUAAGGCCUAGCACUCAAACUGCUGCGUCAGGAUACCCGAAUAUGCAGGCGCCAUUCCGUCCGGCCCCUAGAGCCCCAACCCAAGCUGCGCUCCGCACUUCACUGGGUGCUAGACCCAUUACUGGGCAGCAAGGUGUGGCAACAGCAGCCUCCAUUCGUGCUCCACUUGUUACUCAAAGCGGCCGGCCUGCAGGAUAUAAAUAUACUGCCAACAUGCGCAACCCACCGGCUCCACAGCCUGCAGUGCACAUUCAAGGUCAAGAGCCAUUGACAGCAACUAUGCUGGCUGCUGCACCUCUUCAAGAGCAAAAGCAAAUGCUCGGCGAACGUUUGUUCCCGUUAAUUCAAAGAAUGCAUCCUGAUUUAGCUGGUAAAAUUACAGGAAUGCUUUUGGAAAUUGACAAUUCUGAACUUCUCCAUAUGUUAGAACAUGGAGAGUCACUUAAAGCUAAAGUUGACGAAGCUGUUGCUGUAUUACAGGCCCACCAAGCUAAGCAGCAAGCUACUAAGAAAGAGUAGAUAGUCUACUUCAUAGUGGCCAAAAUAAUUAAAAAUGACCAGCUUUUUAAGUUACAAGAACUCUUAUUGUUCUUGUUAAAUUUAAUGCUUUGAACACCUUACAUUGUUAAUCCCGCUCAUAAAAAUACAUAAAUAAAAAUUGAAAAAAAAACAAAAAGGUGGAUUGCACUCUUUCCAAAUAAUUAUAUGAUAACUUUAUAAUACCGGAGUGCAUGUCCACAAACAAAAAUAAAGAAACUGUCAACAUUUCUAUAUUUGAAAGAGUAUUAUGAACUCUUUUAACUUUUUACAUUUACUGAGAAGUGGUUUAAGUUUGUCAUUAGCUUUUUAUUUCUGUCUUAUAUCUCAAGAAAGGGAGUUGGCUUAUGUUCUUUCAAUUUCUUUCUUUUAUCUUUAAUCAGUUCUACAUUUUUAUGAUACCAUGGAUUGUAAACUUGGUCUCUAAUUGUAACUGAUUUCAAUAUUUCCUUUAUGAUUUGUUACAUAUAUUCUGUGGAAUAUUCACAAUA